UACAAAUAUAUUAGAUCUAGCAAAUAUGAGCACAAUUGUUUAAUCUACAUAUAUGUGAAAUAGGUUGCACUGCAGCCAAAUAUAUCUUCCCGUCGUUCUUCACCGGUCUUUGCAUGUAAACCAAUGCUGCAAACACGAAGCCACCGUCAGAAUAGCAGUAGACGAAGCAAUGCAAAGAAAAUGUUUAGAUAAAGGAAAAUCUUUUUGAAAAAAUUCCAAAGUCUAAAUCACCGGGUACAAGACAGACAGACAGACAAAUAAAUAGACAGAAUCCCAACAGUCGUAUGGAGGUCACGUGUUUGUACGCGCAGAUGGAGGAGACAAACAAACGCCACACGAGGCAUCCCUGGGGCAAAAAUGCAUCUGUAGGAGAACCGCAUUUUCUUUUCAAUGCUUACCAACAUCACAAAUAUCUACCACAAUAUAGAUAUAUUUUAUGCUUUCGGAUUGUAUAACCUAUUAUAUUCGUUUACUUCAAGAUGGACCACGUAGCCCAACCUGCUGCCUGUAGGCUAUUUUCUUUUAACGCGCUUGCAUUUAUAUGCUUGUUGCUGCAACCGAAUAGUUUUCAGAAUCCUAAAAUGUACUAAUAUUAAUAUCAACUAUCAAAAUGUACUAAUAUUAUCACCAAUAACCAUGCUUUUACCCAUAACGGCUACAACAACAUAAUAUUUAACAAUCGAAAGAAAACAGUUUCAACAGGCAUGUAGCUGAGAUUCCUCAAUUGACCAUUGGUUCAAAUGAGGGGACUAAUGCGAAAACGAAAGGUUUUUAACGUUUAACACUGUUGUAUGAAUUACAUUUAGAACUAGUUUCGUGUAGCCGUGAGAGAUAUUGAGCCACUCCGCUGUCUCUCCAGUAAUAUCCACUUCGCCGUGCUGGAGCAGGAUCUUGGCCUGGUUUCAGUGCGAUGUUUGGCCGCGCCCACUCGUCAAUGUAAGCUGAUUGGCUGAGGGUCUUGCGGGUCCUGAGAGUGGCGCGCGCUGGGCUCCGUGUUCACUAGUGAACAUUGGGGGUGCGUGUAGUGAUCUGCAGAUACAGUCUCGUUCGGAACUAACCAGCCUCGUCCACAUACUGGAUUUAUUAUUUAUUUUUAUUUUUUUUCCCCCCAAAGUAGCUACACGGACUACCACAUACUCCGAGUCAACACUGAACUUACUGAUAAGUAGUUACGUUAAAUACGGAUUUCCUCCCGUGACUGGACUAAAGGCUGCUAAUCCGGCCCUUUUUCCCCCCACUGAAGAAAUUUGCUGCGAAAAAUCCGCCAGUCGCUUAAGGCUGAAGCGCCCGCAGCUGGCUCCUUUAGGAAUACUGGAGUGCCGUGAAUCUACCUUGGACAGUUACCACUGAUUCGUGCAUGAUUAUCGUCAUUACCAGCAUUAUCUUUUCUGUUCUUGUUUGUUUGUCCGACCGAUUUUUUUUUUUCGCCUUGUUACUCUCCAUCUGGAUUCUUCACCGGUUCAAUGGAUUUGGGCUUCGACAUAGAGGCCAAUCGUGGAUACGAGGUGAUGCGUUCGGACUGGAACGUUUAAAAUUACUUCUGUACGACACAUAGCCUAAUUUGUACGCCUGUCUAUCGCCGUGGCGACUGUUGUUUCUCAUUGUCACAAAAUGCUCAGCUCGCGCUAGCUUUCUGUGAUGCGAUAUUGUAUUUAAUGUGCGCAAAUGCAGUUAUUUUUUAUGCACGUAUUGUUCUCGUUCACAACAGCCUAUUUUCGCAUUCCUGCAGUGCUCAAAUAUAUUUUUUUCGAUGACGUAAAAAAUGGCCAGCAAGAAAAGAGCGACUGAGUUGUCCCUCACUCUCAGCAAUUCCAAUGAAAUCAGUUAGGCUUUUUAAGGCCGUGUUUCAGACCUCGUUUUUAUAGACCUAUACAUAUAUAUAAACAAAAUGUCCGUCAUGCCGUUCCUGGCUGUAACCUAGUCGGCAAAUAAGUGAGAAGAGGAGGGCGUCAACAGGUUUCCAUCGCUAUAAGGACAUGGAUUUCGUGCAAGUGAUUCUGUGCUUUAUGGCGUGCUGGAGCGGCGCAGGAGCCGUUUUCAAUCUGAAAUACACAGUGGAGGAAGAAUUGCGCGCGGGAACGAAAAUCGCCAAUGUCACUGCGGACGCGAAAGUGGCUGGAUUCGCGCUCGGGAAUCGGCAGCCUUUUUUGCGAGUAAUCUCCAAUUCCGAACCGCGAUGGGUAAACCUAAGCCCAGCAGGACUGCUCCUCACUAAGCAGAAAAUCGAUCGCGAUGCUGUUUGCCGGCAGAUGACGAAGUGCACCAUUUCUCUGGAGGUAAUGUCCAACUCGAUGGAGAUAUGCGUGAUUAAAAUCGAGAUCCUGGAUGUGAACGAUAACGCGCCCCGAUUCCCCACCAGCCAUAUCGACAUCGAGAUCUCGGAAAACGCCGCUCCAGGCACGCGGUUUCCCCUAGAGGGCGCAAGCGAUCCGGACUCGGGAAGCAAUGGCGUUCAGACUUACUCCAUCACCCCCAACGAUAUUUUCGGCCUGGAGAUCAAGACCAGGGGAGACGGAUCUAAAAUAGCCGAGCUCAUAGUAGAAAAAACUCUGGACAGGGAAACACAGUCUCAUUAUACGUUUGAAAUCACGGCCGAGGAUGGAGGAGAACCACCAGAGACUGGGAGUGUACAACUUAACAUCAAAGUAAUUGACUCCAAUGAUAAUAACCCUGUGUUUGAUGAGCCCGUUUACACCGUUAAUGUGAUGGAGAAUGCUCCUAUAAAUACUUUAGUAAUAGACUUGAAUGCCACUGAUCCAGAUGAAGGAAUAAACGGUGAGGUUGUAUACUCAUUUAUUAAUUUUGUGUCCAAUCUGACUAAACAAAUGUUCAAAAUUGAUCCCAAAACUGGCGUCAUAAGUGUAAAUGGAAUUUUAGACCAUGAAGAACUGCGUGUGCAUGAAAUAGAUGUUCAAGCCAAAGAUCUGGGUCCAAAUUCCAUUCCAGCUCACUGCAAAGUGAUUGUCAAUGUAAUAGACGUCAAUGACAAUUCACCAGAAAUUAAGCUUUUGUCUGAAAACAGUGAGAUGGUAGAUGUCAGUGAGAAUGCACCUCUUGGAUAUGUCAUCGCAUUGGUGAGAGUUUCUGACAAUGAUUCAGGUGCAAACGGGAAAGUGCAGUGCAGACUGCAGGGCAACGUGCCUUUCAGACUCAAUGAGUUUGAGAGCUUCUCCACCUUACUUGUUGAUGGCCGACUAGACAGGGAGCAGAGAGAUAUGUACAAUCUUACUAUCUUGGCUGAGGAUAGUGGUUAUCCCCCACUGAGAAGUUCAAAAUCUUUUGCAGUUAAAGUAACAGAUGAAAAUGACAACCCCCCUUAUUUCACAAAGCCACAUUACCAAGCAAUGGUGUUAGAAAAUAAUGUCCCAGGUGCAUUCCUGCUUGCAGUGUCUGCUAGAGAUCCUGACCUGGGAAUGAAUGGCACAGUGUCUUAUGAAAUCAUCAAAUCAGAAGUUCGAGGAAUGUCAGUGGAGUCAUAUGUUACUGUAAACUCAAAUGGAGAAAUUUAUGGGGUCAGGGCUUUUAAUCAUGAAGACACACGGACAUUUGAAUUUAAGGUCUCUGCCAAAGAUGGGGGAGAUCCUUCAUUAACAAGUAAUGCCACUGUGCGAAUUGUUGUUCUGGAUGUAAAUGACAAUACACCUGUGAUGACGACCCCACCACUCGUUAAUGGCACUGCGGAGAUUUCCAUCCCCAAAAAUGCUGGUGUUGGUUAUUUGGUUACUCAAAUCAAGGCUGAUGACUAUGAUGAGGGAGAAAAUGGAAGACUGACAUAUUCCAUCUCAGAGGGAGACAUGGCAUACUUUGAAAUUGACCAGAUUAAUGGUGAGGUGCGGACCACAAAAAUGUUUGGAGAAAACGCCAAACCCUCCUAUCAAAUCACCGUUGUGGCUCACGACCAUGGCCAGACAUCUUUAUCUGCUUCUGCAUACAUCAUUAUCUACCUCUCUCCGGACCUUAACACGCAGGAGCAGAUUGGAUCAGUAAACCUGUCCCUCAUCUUCAUCAUCGCUCUGGGAUCCAUUGCUGCUAUUUUGUUUGUCACAAUGAUCUUUGUAGCCGUGAAGUGCAAAAGGGAUAACAAGGAAAUUCGCACAUACAACUGCAGUUUUUUGUACCUGCGCAGGGUGGCGGAGUACUCCUAUGGCAACCAGAAGAAGUCAAGCAAAAAAAAGAAAUUGAGCAAGAAUGAUAUCCGUCUGGUGCCACGAGACAUGGAGGAGACAGACAAGAUGAAUGUGGUGAGCUGCUCAUCCCUCACAUCCUCUCUCAACUACUUUGACUACCACCAGCAGACACUGCCACUGGGCGGCAGACGCUCUGAGAGUACCUUCCUCAACGUGGAAAGCCAGAACUCAAGAAAUGCUGCACCGAACCAUGGCUACCACCACACCUUCACUGGGCAGGGCCCACAACAGCCCGACCUAAUCAUCAACGGCAUGCCACUGCCAGAGACAGAGAAUUAUUCCAUUGACUCCAGCUAUGUAAACAGCAGAGCACACCUCAUCAAAAGUACAUCAACAUUUAAGGACAUGGAAGGUAACAGCCUAAAGGACAGUGGUCAUGAAGAAAGUGACCAGACGGACAGUGAGCAUGACGUACAGAGGGGCCACUAUGCUGACACAGCUGUGAAUGAUGUACUCAAUAUGACUGUGCCUCCCAACAGCUGCCAACUAUCAGAUCCAGAUCCCUCAGAAGGCUUCCACUGCCAGGAUGAGUGUCGGAUCCUGGGCCACUCAGACCGCUGCUGGAUGCCACGUGUGCCAGUGCCAGCACAUGUCAAGUCACCCGAGCACAGUCGUGAUGUCAUUGCCCUGUCUAUUGAAGCUACUGGCAUCGAUUUGCCACAUUAUGAGGAUUGUGGUACCACCAAAAGGACUUUUGCCACCUUUGGCAAGGACGGGCCAGAUGAGGAGCCAAAAGGCAAGAGGACAAAUGAGAUGACCACAGGCAUCUGCAGCCCUAAAGCUAACAGUGGCAUUCGUGAGGCUGGAAAUGGGCGUGAGGCUAUUAGCCCCAUCACAUCACCAGCACACAUUAAGAGCCCGCAGUCCAAGCCACCCACUGGCUACAACUCAUUAAAAUGCUGCGAUGUUGAGCGCAUCGCAAACCAUAGUCUGCUACGCCAGCCAGAGGGCAAAGACAGCGAGCCAGCCUUGCGUGAGAUCAACACACUACUGCAGGAUGGACGGGAGAAGGAAUCCCCUAGUAGCAAGCGCCUGAAGGACAUUGUGCUUUAACUAGCUCGCAGACACUCGCACUUAGGCUGGAAGUGCUGUUCUGAGUGUGUGUUUAUAUGGGACAGAAAGAAGGGGCACACAGCUUUGUCUCUAGAGAGAAAAAGUGCAUACAUUUAGUAAGCACCAUGGAAGAGUAUGUUGGACUGAAAAUGUGUCUGCCAGGCUCAGGCAGCAGAAGCCAAGGCUUUGCAGUAACAAGAAUUCUUGUCUUAUUUGUUUGUUUUACUUCUGUUUCUCUUAUGGCAAACAGUGGACAAACGGGUCAGUGUUAGCUGUGUGCAUGCUAAUCCCUUCCCCCUUUUUGUCUCACUCAGUCUUUUUUAAUCAUUAUGCAGGAAAGAUAUUUUGGUGGACCAGGGGUACCAUCUGAGUACACUCAUUGCCUUUUAGACUCAUAAUAGACUUCUUUUGGAUAAUGCCGUUUUCAGUGUGCAGUUUGCUUCAGUUGCCAAAUGGCCCCAUUGUACCCAGAGAGAAUAAUCCAUUGUUCUGGAGGAGAACUUUCUUAUGUUCUGCACUGCCCAGCUCAGCUCUUCCAACAUUGGGUGUACGUGAAUGUGUGGGAAUGCUCUGCAGAUCUCCUUUCAUUUCCUUACUUCUUUCCUCAUCAGAUAGGACAAAGCUCUUCGGGUUUCCUCAAUACAUUGUUUAAUAUAAUAAGCAAUUAAAACUUAUAUGUUUAUUACCACAAAUUAAGUUAAUUGUCACAAUUCUCUGAAGUUGGUGAAACAUGUUCCAUGGGAAAAAAGACUCCUUGCCUUUGAAAUUUUCUGUGCCCAUUCUUGACUGUAGAACACCCCCCCCCCCCCCCCACCGCUUUGUUGUUAUUGUUUUUGUUUUUUGUUUUUAACUUAUCUAUGGGACUAGGAUAGAAGAGGUCGUCAUUCAUGUCUUGCUAUGUGAAACUCUGUAUAGGGUUUACUAUGAUAAUUUUUAAUAACCUGUUGUUAUGUGACAAUCCCUUUAAUGUUUUGUUGAGUAAAAACAAAAAAAAAAUAAAAAUAAAAAAAAAAUAAACCCUGGUGUUCAACUGAAGCUACAGUAGCAUUUGUUACACAAACACAAAAAAGGAAAGAAAUGUGAAAAUAUAUUUUAUAAAUAAUUUAAAUAUAUAUAAUGAUAAUAUUUAAUGCUGUUGUUGUUCUUUUAUCAACAAGAUACACUUGAAAUUAACAGGCUUUUUAAAUAACUGAUUACUUUUGCUUUCAACUGAUCUUAGAUUUCUGUUUAAUGUGUUACCCCUUGUAACUGUUUAUUUCAGUCUUGUUGUAAAAAGUAUCUUAUUGGUCAGUUUUUGUGCCAUUAAGUUUCUGUGUGCCUAAAAUGCAGGGAAAAGACAAAAAAAAUUAAAAAAAAAUAAAAAACAAGUAAAUAAAAAAAGCAAUGUCCGCUCCAACAGUAGUGUUUCAGUACAAUGAGCUUAGAGUGAUAUAGGAAAUGUUACAAAGGAAAAAAAAAGAAUCUACGCAAACAUUAAUGUCACAAGUUAACUUAUUGUUGCUCAUGAUUAAAAUUUAAGGACAAGGGUCACAUUUGUUUUUUUAAGUAAGGAAAGGUACUCCACUCAUUUGUGAAGUACUAUUUGAGGCACUCGAUAUAUUCCAUGGGUAAUAGCUUUAUGUAGCUUACUGUAGCUACAUGUGUCUGAAUAGAUUUAAAAGCAUUCCAGUUAUGACUAGCACAGUGAUGCCAGUAUGUUAAUUGUUGACAGGACUACAUAGAUUAGAUGGAAAUGUUGAACUGAGGAAUGGAAUGUCAUAUAAUUCAAAAUUGGAAAACUGACUGCUUUAAGAUAGAUUCAGAUGGUUAAAAUGCAAAUGAUAUAGAUCCUGUACCUGAAUGUUUUUGCUGGUCUCACCAACAGCAUCUGGCAACAUAAAAAGUGAAUUAUCAUUGAAUGUACACUGCAGAUUAUUAUUAAACUAUUAAAUGUUGUAUAUUAAAUAUUGUCUCCUUAUUGUCUCCUUUUCUGAUUGUAUCAGUGCUGCAUGUUUUUG